GAGAGGCGCAUCUGGAGACAAUAGAAGCGAACGCGGCGCUGAUCGAGGGUUGUGCAGUGAAAACUCACAGGGAUAUGGAGAUGAUGGAGCGCUGAAUCUGGAUUUAUUUCACGUUUUAUUCGAGCUGUGAGAUCUGAGAGGAAAGAUGAAUUCUGCUGAGGCGGUGGAGGACGGACCCAAUGAUUCAGACACGGACGCGUUCUUCAAAACAGGGUCUUUCAGGAGUGAAGGCAUUAAAGCGUCUGAUGUUCUUCCUGUGUUGAGAGAGAAAAUAGCGUUUGUUUCAGGAGGCCGUGAUAAGCGAGGCGGCCCCAUCUUGACAUUCCCCAUCCGAAGUAAUCAUGACCGAAUAAAACAAGAAGACAUGAGACGACUCGUCACAUACCUGUCCACCGUGCCCAGUGAGGAUGUGUGUAAGAGGGGCUUCACUGUGAUUAUUGAUAUGCGUGGCUCCAAGUGGGAUCUGAUAAAGCCGUUACUGAAGACCCUGCAGGAAGCUUUUCCGGCUGAGAUCUGUGUGGCUCUAAUCAUCAAACCAGACAACUUCUGGCAGAAACAGAAAACCAACUUUGGCAGUGCAAAGUUCACAUUUGAGACUAGCAUGGUGUCCGUCGAGGGUUUGACCAAGCUUGUGGACCCGUCUCAGUUAACGGAUGACUUUGAGGGCUCGCUUGAGUAUAAUCACGAGGAAUGGAUAGAACUCCGAGUCUCUCUGGAGGAGUUCCUGUCCAGUGCCACUCACCUACUCUCUCGUCUGGAGGACCUGCAGGAGACACUGGCCAAGAAGGAGUUCCCGGUGGAUGUGGAGGGCUCACGGCGGCUCAUUGACGAGCACACCCAGCUGAAGAAGAAGGUGAUGAAGGCUCCAGUGGAGGAGCUGGAUCACGAGGGUCAGCGUCUGCUGCAGUGCAUCCGCUCCAGUGAUGGCUUCUCAGGGAAGAACUGUAUCUCUGGUAGUGCUGACUUCCAGAGUGUGGUUCCUAGGAUUGCCAGUCUGCUGGAUAAACUCCACAGCACCAGACAGCACCUCCACCAGAUGUGGCACCUGAGGAAGCUGAAGCUGGACCAGUGUUUCCAGCUCCGACUGUUUGAACAGGACGCAGAGAAGAUGUUUGACUGGAUCAGUCACAAUAAGGAGUUAUUUCUUCGGAGUCACACAGAUAUCGGCGUAAGUUACCAGCACGCCGUGGAGCUGCAGACGCAACACAACCACUUUGCCAUGAACUCUAUGAAUGCAUACGUGAACAUAAACCGCAUCAUGUCGGUGGCAUCGCGGCUGUCAGAGGCGGGUCACUACGCAUCACAGCAGAUCAAACAGAUCAGCACGCAGCUCGAUCAGGAGUGGAAGAGUUUUGCCGCCGCUCUUGAUGAACGCAGCACCAUCCUCGCCAUGUCUGGUGUCUUCCAUCAGAAAUCUGAACAGUUUCUGUCGGGUGUGGAAGCAUGGUGUAAAAUGUGCAGUGAAGGUGGUUUGCCAUCUGAGAUGCAGGAUCUGGAAUUGGCAAUUCACCAUCACCAGACACUCUAUGAACAGGUCACACAGGCUUAUACAGAGGUGAGCCAGGAUGGUAAAGCACUGUUGGAUGUUCUUCAGCGUCCAUUAAGUCCUGGUAACUCUGAGUCUCUGACAGCCACAGCCAACUACUCUAAAGCAGUGCACUGCAUCCUGGACGUGGUGCAUGAGGUGCUGCAUCAUCACAGGCGUCUGGAAAACAUCUGGCGGCACCGCAAGGUCUGUCUGCAUCAGAGACUGCAGCUCUGCGUCUUCCAGCAGGAUGUCCAGCAGGUGAUUGACUGGAUCGAGAACCAUGGGGAGGCGUUCCUCAGUAAACACACAGGUGUGGGGAAAUCACUGCACAGGGCCAGAGCCUUGCAGAAGCGCCAUGAUGACUUUGAGGAGGUCGCGCAGAACACUUACACCAAUGCUGAUAAACUCCUGGAAGCGGCCGAGCAGUUGGCCCAGACAGGCGAGUGUGACCCAGAGGAGAUUUAUAAGGCGGCACGACACCUGGAGGUCAGGAUCCAGGACUUCGUUAGGAGAGUCGAGCAGAGAAAACUAUUGCUGGAUAUGUCUGUCUCCUUCCACACGCACACUAAAGAGUUGUGGACGUGGAUGGAGGACCUGCAGAAGGAGCUGUUGGAGGAGGUAUGUUCAGACUCUGUUGAUUCAGUUCAGGAGCUCAUCAAACAGUUUCAGCAGCAACAGACGGCCACACUGGAGGCCACACUCAACGUCAUCAAAGAAGGCGAAGACCUUAUACAACAGCUCAGAGACUCAGCGAUGAGCAGUAAUAAGCUGCCGCACAUGAGCUCCAUUGCUCACAUUGAGAGUGUGCUACAGCAGCUGGACGAGGCGCAGGGACACAUGGAGGAGCUCUUCCAUGAGAGAAAGAUCAAACUCGACAUCUUCCUGCAGCUUCGCAUCUUUGAGCAGUACACCAUUGAGGUAACAGCAGAGUUAGACGCGUGGAAUGAAGAUCUCGUGCGUCAGGUGAGCGAGUUCACCGUAGAAGAGCCCAGUCUGGCUGAGCAAAGACUGCAGCGACAUGCAGAGAGAAAACUGGCCAUGAACAACAUGACCUAUGAGGUCAUGCAGCAGGGUCAAGACCUGCACCAGUACAUCAUGGAGGUACAAGCUUCAGGUAUUGAGUUGACCGGUGAGAAGGAGGUGGAUCUGGCCACUCAGGUACAGGAGCUGUUGGAGUUUCUUCAUGAGAAACAGCAUGAGCUGGACAUGAGCUCAGAACACACACACAGACAUCUGGAGCAGUGUGUGCAGUUACGCCACCUUCAGGCUGAGGUUAAACAGGUUUUGAGUUGGAUUCGGAAUGGCGAGUCUAUGCUGGAUGCAAAUAUGGUGAACGCAAGUUCACUGUCAGAGGCCGAACAACUACAGAGAGAACAUGAACAGUUCCAGCUCGCGAUAGAGUCUUUGUUUCAUGCUAACUCUCUGCAGAAGACUCAUCAGAGUGCACUACAGGUGCAGCAGAAGGCAGAGCUGAUGUUACAGGCUGGACACUACGACCCUGAGGCCAUCCGCAGCUGUGCUGAGACGGUGGCAGUGCACUGGCAGCAGCUCAUGCUGAAGAUGGAGGACAGACUAAAGCUGGUCAAUGCCUCUGUGGCCUUCUACAAGACAUCAGAACAGGUUUGUAGUGUGUUGGAGAGUCUGGAGCAGGAGUACCGGCGGGAUGAAGAUUGGUGUGGAGCUCAUGAUAAACUGGGAUCUUCGGCAGAGAUGGAUCAUAUUCUUCCACUAAUCAGCAAACACCUGGAGCAGAAAGAGGCUUUUCUCAAGGCUUGUACUCUGGCCAGACGUAAUGCUGAGGUUUUCCUCAAAUACAUCCACCGGAAUAAUGUCAGCACUCAGGGCUCGUCUGGUAACACCCGCGGUCCUGAGCAACAGGUCAAAGCCAUCCUAAAUGAACUGCUGCAGAGGGAGAACAGAGUUCUGCAUUUCUGGACAAUGAAGAAACGAUGUUUGGAUCAGUGUCAACAGUACAUAGUGUUUGAACGCAGUGCCAAACAGGCAUUAGAGUGGAUAGAGGAGGCAGGAGAGGUCUUUCUCACCACUCACAAAAGCCCUGGAGACUCAGUGGAGAAAACUCAGGAACUGCUGAAAGAAUAUGAAGACUUCUGCAUCUCUGCCAAGCAAACUAAAGAGAAAGUGAAGAUGUUGAUCCAGUUGGCAGAUAAUUUUGUGGAGAAGGGACACAUGCAUGUCACCGAGCUGAAGAAAUGGGUGACGACAGUGGGCAAGCGCUACAGAGAUUUCUCCCUGCGUAUGGGCAAAUACCGCUGCAGUCUGGAGAACGCGCUGGGUAUCAGCUCUGAGGAUAAUAAGGAUCUGGAGUUGGAUAUCAUUCCUGCAAGUCUGACCGACCCUGAGGUUAAACUGCGUGACCCUAACCAUGAGGUGAAUGAGGAGAAGAGGAAAUCAGCCCGCAAGAAAGAGUUCAUAAUCGCAGAGCUACUACAGACAGAAAAGGCCUAUGUGAGGGACUUACGAGAAUGCUUAGAGACAUAUCUGUGGGAGAUGACCAGUGGAGUGGAGGAAGUACCUCCAGGAAUCACCAACAAAGAGCACAUCAUCUUCGGGAACAUUCAGGAGAUUUACGACUUCCACAAUAAUAUAUUCCUGAAAGAGCUGAUUAAUUAUGAGCAGUUACCAGAGGAUGUGGGCCAUUGCUUUGUCACAUGGGCAGAUAAGUUUAAUAUAUAUGUCACAUAUUGCAAAAAUAAACCAGAUUCCAGUCAACUCAUUCUGGAGCAUGCUGGGAGUUUUUUUGAUGAAAUACAGAAGAGACAUGGUCUGACUAACUCCAUAUCAUCAUACCUUAUCAAACCUGUGCAGAGAAUCACCAAAUACCAGCUGCUGCUCAAGGAGCUGCUGUCGUGCUGUGAAGAGGGCAAAGGUGAAAUUAAAGAUGGGCUGGAGGUCAUGCUGAGUGUGCCAAAGAGAGCCAACGAUGCCAUGCAUGUCAGCAUGCUAGAGGGUUUUGAUGAGAAUCUGGAUGUCCAGGGUGAACUCAUUCUGCAGGACACCUUCCAGGUGUGGGACCCCAAAUCGCUGAUCCGUAAGGGACGAGACCGACACCUCUUCCUAUUCGAAAUCUCCCUCGUCUUCAGCAAAGAGAUCAAAGACUCGGCAGGACGAUCGAAAUACAUUUUCAAGAACAAACUACUGACAUCUGAGUUGGGUGUAACAGAGCAUGUGGAGGGCGACCCGUGUAAAUUUGCUCUCUGGGUUGGACGCACACCCUCAUCAGACAACAAAACUGUCCUAAAGGCAUCCAGUAUUGAGGUGAAGCAGGAAUGGAUCAAACACAUUCGUGAGGUCAUUCAGGAGAGAAUCAUUCACCUGAAGGGGGCACUGAAGGAACCAAUCCACAUUCCCAAACCCCCUGCCAAACCCCGCAACAACAGUAAGAGGGACACUGGUGAGGAUGCAGACAGUCAGGGUGACGGCAGCAGUCAGCCGGAUACCAUCUCCAUUGCCUCCAGAACCUCACAGAACACUGUGGACAGUGACAAGCUCUCUGGAGGAUGCGAGUUGACGGUGAUCCUGCAGGAUUUCGUGGCGGGCAGUGCGUCUGAGCUCAGUAUCCAGACAGGUCAGACCGUGGAGCUGUUAGAGCGGUCCAGUGAGCGUCCGGGCUGGUGUCUGGUGCGGACCACCGAGCGGACCCCUCCUCAGGAGGGACUGGUGCCCAGCAGCACACUCUGUAUCUCUCACUCUCGCAGCAGUGUGGAGAUGGACUGCUUUUUCCCUCCAGGCAAAGAGAACUAUGCAGUUAGCGGUCCAGAAGGGAAGACUGAGUCCGUGGCUACGUUGCAGCCGCAGGCAUCACUGAACUCCCUACAGAGCAGUUCACCGGGACCCAAGCGCUCUGGGAACACAUUGAAGAAGUGGCUGACCAGCCCCGUCCGGCGCCUCAGUCACGGCAGCAACAUCAAGAAGAUCCCCAGCAAACAGAAGCCAAAACGAGAUGGACGCAAGAGCAUCGACCUGGGGCCACCCGAACUACAGGAUGACACUCUUGAGGAGAGAGUGCGUAAAGAAGAGAGAACGCUCUCCAAAUCUUCUUCAGGGAUGCACAGUGGAGGAGAGGAGGAACCUGAGGAUGAGUCGCACACCCCCCUACCUCCACCCAUGGAGAUCAUCAAAGACCCCUCCGCUCAGGAAGAGAAGUCGUCCUUGCUUCUGGCUUCUCGACAGAGCUCGGCUGACGUCCCCAGUGCUGCUGAGCUCGUCAGUGCUAUAGAGAAACUGGUCAAAACUAAGAUGACGCUGGAGUCAGGGUCUUACCUAGGAAUUAGUUCAGUGAACACAGCAGACCAGAGCUCAACGCCACCCAGAAACCCUGAACUGGAGCAGAAAGCCAAAGCAAUGCGGGGACGCAUGUUUGUUCUGAAUGAAUUAAUUCAGACAGAAAAAGACUAUGUGAAGGAUUUGGGUAUCGUAGUGGAGGGUUUUAUGAAAACAAUAGAGGAUAAAGGAGUUCCUGACGAUAUGAAAGGAAAAGACAAGAUUGUUUUUGGAAACAUUCACCAAAUCUAUGACUGGCACAAAGAUUUCUUUGUGGGAGAACUGGAAAAAUGUCUUGAAGAUCAGGAAAAGCUGCCCGGGCUGUUCAGUAAACAUGAGAGAAGACUACACAUGUAUGUUAUUUAUUGCCAGAACAAACCCAAAUCUGAAUUCAUCGUUGCAGAGUACGAUUCAUACUUCGAGGGGAUUCAGCAAGACAUCAACACCAGACUAAGCAUCAGUGAUUUCCUCAUUAAGCCCAUUCAGAGAAUCACCAAAUACCAACUGUUACUAAAGGACUUUUUGAAAUACAGCUCAAAGGCUGGACUGGAUUGUCAGGAUAUAGAGAAGGCAGUAGACCUGAUGUCACAGGUGCCCAAGCUGUGCAAUGACAUGAUGAACCUUGGAAGACUGCAGGGAUUUGAGGGUAAGUUGACGAGUCAGGGCAAGCUCCUGCAGCAGGAGACGUUCUUCGUGACGGAGCAGGAUUCAGGCGUACUGUCCCGCAGUAAAGAACGCAGGGUCUUCCUCUUCGAGCAGAUCGUCAUCUUCAGUGAGCUCUUACGCAAAGGCUCGUCCACACCAGGAUAUCAGUUUAAAAAGAGUAUCAAGGUGAGCUACCUCGGUCUGGAAGAGCAUGUUGAAAAUGACCCGUGUAAGUUUGUGCUGUCGUGUCGCGGGUCGGCCGAGCGUUUUACCCUGCAGGCGGCAAACACAGACAUUAAACAGCUGUGGGUUCAACACAUCACUGAUCUACUGGACUUACAGAGCAACUUCCUGUCAGCCCUGCAGUCUCCCAUCGAGUAUCAGAAAGAGCAGAGUGGCUCUCAGUCUCUGACCCGUAACUCAUCCAGCAGUGGGCGUGCAGGUCAGUCCAACAGCCGGCCCGGCUCUACUGCAUCACUGGGAGCAGAGAAACCCACUCUGUCCAAACGGAGCUCCACCCCACUAAAGCUACCUACCUCCAACGGCAGCUCCUGCCACGACUUGAGCAGAUACCACUCCCCCAGGCAGCAGCAUGACGGUGUGGGUUGUAACGGUACAUCAUCCUCCUUGAUAGUGACUCAGGACUAUAAUGCACUGAAAGAGAAUGAGAUCUGUGUCACGCAGGGUGAGACGGUGCAGAUACUGGCAACUAACCAGCAGAACAUGUAUCUGGUGUACCGUCCCGCUAACAGCCAAUCACCAGCCGCCGAGGGCUGGGUGCCGGGACAUAUCCUGGGCCCCAUCACAAAACCCCUCGUAGACACUACUGCAGACACAAACAUCAAGAAGUCUCUGUCGUGGAAUACGCUUCGUGCUCGCAAGCGUGCUGAGAAGGAGAGUACGCCCCUCAAAAGUGACAUUAAGGUUGAGAAUGGACUGCGUAAGACUAAAGAUAUUCUCAGCAGCAAGGUCACUGUGAAAGAGACUCACAGCUCAGAUGAGUCCGAAUGUGAGGAUGACCUAGACCCCAAAACUAGUAUGGAGUUAUUGAACCCUAAUUUCAUCCAAGAGGUGGCUCCAGAGUUCCUGACCCCUUUAGCAGACGUGACUUGUGCUCUGGGGGAGACGGUGGUGCUGUGCUGUAAAGUGUGCGCUCGACCCAAACCAACCAUCACACUGAAAGGACCCGAUCAAAGUCUGCUGGUCAACAACAACAGAUUCACUAUCAACAUCAGGGACACAGGUGAUAUUGUGUUGAAGAUCUGUAAUCUGAUGCCGCAGGACACCGGUAUCUACACCUGUGUGGUUGUAAAUGAGCAUGGCACUGCCUCCUCUUCUGCCUCCAUUAAAGUACAAGGUAUCCCAGCAGCCCCUGCUCGGCCAGUAGCACAGGAAGCCAGCAGCACGGCUGUGAUCGUCCACUGGCUUCCUCCGGCCAGCUCAGGAAACUCUGCUAUCUCCAGCUACACAGUGGAAUACAGACAGGAAGACUCUCUGGUGUGGCAGCAGUCGGUGGUCUCCACUGCAGAUGUGUGUGUGAAGAUUGAGAAUCUGAUUCCUGGUGGGCAUUAUCAGUUCAGGGUCAGUGCCAGUAACCCCUGGGGCAUCAGCCCACCCAGUGAACCCUCAAACAUGGUGACAUUACCCAGCACAGCCUCGACAUAUGAUGGCACAGGAAUCCAAUGGAAAGACAACUUUGAAUCUGCGUUCACAGAAAUAUGUGAAAUUGGACGGGGUCGUUUCUCUGUGGUCAGGAGGUGUCUGAGUAAAGCCAGUAAGAAGGAGGUUGCUGUGAAGUUUGUCAAUAAGAAGAUGCAGAAGAAAGACCAGGUGGCCCAUGAAGCUGAUAUCCUGCGUCACGUCCAACAUCCACAGCUGGUGGCGCUACUUGACACCUAUGAGUCGCCCACAGCGUACAUGCUGGUUCUUGAGUUAGUGGAAGAUGGUCGUCUGUUGGAUUAUUUGGUGGCUCAUGAUGAGCUAAUGGAGGAGAAGGUGGCUUUCUUCAUUAAAGACACACUGGAAGCUGUGCAGUACCUGCACACCUGCAGAAUUGCUCAUUUGGACCUCAAGCCUGAAAACCUGUUGGUGAACCUACACGUGCCGGUGCCCUGCGUGAAGCUCACAGAUCUGGGUGAUGCUGUGCAGAUCUCAGGUCACCGCUAUGUGCAUCUGCUCCUUGGGAACCCUGAGUUUGCUGCUCCUGAGCUCAUCCAGGGUACUCCGGUGUCCCUGUCCACAGACGUAUGGAGCAUGGGGGUGCUUGCGUACAUCAUGCUCAGUGGCGUCUCGCCGUUUCUGGAUGAGAGUCUGGAAGAGACCUGCGUCAACAUCUGCAGGCUGGACUUUUGCUUUCCUGACGAGUACUUCUGCGGAGUAAGCCAGGCCGCCAAAGACUUUAUCUUGUCUACGCUUCACCAGGACCCCCGAAAGCGGCCGAGUUCAGCCACGUGUCUGCAGCACCCGUGGGUCAGCGCUCACAGCGGAGAUUAUUCCAAAACACAGCUGGACACCAGCAGACUCACUGCGUUCAUAGACAGACGCAAACAGCUACAUGACGUCAGACCGGUGACUAAUGUUAAAGGACUAGUCAGCAGUAGUAUGGGUCACACCUUAUGAGACAAGUCCAGACUACAGUCAUUAUAUUAUAUCAAAUCAGUUGUGCACUUACAUGCCGUUUCCUACAGAGUGGACCUUCUUAGAUAAAUAUUCUGGGUUCAAUAAAAGUUACUCCUCCCUCACUCAUUAAAAAAAAGGCAGUUACAGUAAGGCACUUACAUGUGAAUGGGGUCAUUCCAUAAACACUGAAAUACACCAUUUGUUAUCAUGACAUUUAUAUGUGUUUUCAUAGCAACAAAGUUGUAAAAUUAGAUAUAACUUUACACAGAAAAGGUUAGUGAGUGAUUUUAUCACACUUAAAUCAUGUUAACAUACAUAUUGUUUAUGUCUUGUGGCUGUAGUUUUGAAACAGUGAGUAUUUUAACAUUUGCGGAUUAGCCCCAUUCACUGCAAACUAGAUUUUUGCUUUUUUAAAGAAAAGGAGGGAUGAGCUGAAAUACAUUUUUGUGGUAAUCAACAUUACGUCACGAAUGCUGUUAAUUGAGCUUAACUUGUAUUGAACCCAGAAUAUUCCUUUAAAUCUGGCCAACACUUUUAAAGUAAAUAAUAUGGAUUUGUGGGACAGUGUAAUUUUGGGCAGAGCUUUUAGUGGCAUCAUUGAAUCUCAUAAUUUAGGGUUUUAGGAGGAUGUGUUUUAGAGCUUUGCAAGUCCUAAACAGAACUGUAGUUCAGUGCUGGUUCAUGUUCAGUUGUUUUGACAAAUGUUAAAGGGAUAGUUCACCCAAAAAGAAAAAAGCUUUCAUCAUUUACUCACAUUCAUGUUCCAAAUGUGUAUGAGUUUCUUCUGUGGAACGCUUAAUAUGUUGUUUGGUAGAAUGUUGAUGGUGCUCUUUCACAUACAAUAAGUGAAUGGGGAUUGAGGCUGUCAAACACUUUAAGACACCAGUACACUCACGUGAAGUUCCUAUUCAUUCUUCGGCCAGAGCUAGAAAGAGGGUCAAAACAGUCGAGCAACGUUACACUGUUUGCGAACAUUUGGACACCAGCCAUGCCGCUGGGGGAGGCGUUUAGCAUUUAAAUAUGAGACACACGUUGUCCUGUCAACAGACAACAUGUAAAAUAUCAUCUUAUGUGACAUUAAAAUGUGUUAUUAAUGACUUCCCAUCUCAUUCUAUAAUUAAAAGCCAGGAACCUUUUCACCGCUCAAUGAUUGUUGAAAUUAAGAUAUAUGAAGCAUAUGAUGUGUAAUUUGUCAUGUUUUCAUUCCGCAUUGAUGGUGCUAAUGCUAACAGGCUAUACGUGGACAUAAUAUAUGUCACCCAGUUACCAUCUGUUAUUGUAUUUUAUGAUAUACUUCAGAUCAUGGAAAAAAAAUUUAACUUGUUUUUUGAAUAAGACAUCAAUACUAGUGUAUUGGUGUAUACAAAUGGAUUGGUGUAUAAAACGGUGGCAACUCUGCACUUCAAUGUGUUCAUUUUAACUGAUCUUGAUUAUGUGAAGAGAUUAACCAGAAAUAGAUGUUGCCUUCAAAGUACGGUAGGUUUGAGCACCAGGUCACACCCAUCAAUAAAGUCGACCAUAGCAGUAAGAAUGUGUUAAACAGGAGGUACAAAGUUUUUCUGAGUUUACACUGGCAAGCAGUUUUAAAACACCACAAAGAAAAUCAAAAACACCUCCUCCUUUUUGCCAGAUUUUGUUUGAAAUCACAUCACACCCGUACUUUAUUUGAUUUUGCUAGAAGAAUAUUGGUGUCUUUAAAAGGACAAAAAGCAGCAUGAAAGUCUGCUGACAACAUACAAUAGUUUUGCAUGUGGAACAGACAGAAAUUUAAGUUCUUAUUUACCAAAAAAUCGUACCCUAGGCCAUGGCUCUCAAAGGUUAUGUAUGUUCAGAUAUGGCCCAUGAUGUCACAUCGCACUAGAUUUUAUGUCAGUGAUGCCUAACGUCAUUGCUUGUCACGUGUCCAAUCAGAAGACCAGUUGAAUAUACAGAAGUGGAUGAGCUGAGAGCUGCUGUACAUUUCAGUCUGUUCCUAACACACAGCCAUCAAAUGGCUUCGUAAGACUUGGAAUAUAGUGCAUGAGCUGUAUGGAAUACUUUUCUGGUGCUUUUAUGGAGCUCAACACCUUCAGUCCCCUUUCAAUUUCUUCAUAUGGAACAGAGCAGUAUUCUGAUAACAUCCUUUUAUGCUCCACAGAAGAAAGAAAGCCAUACAAGUUUGGAGCAACUUGAAGGUGUUAUAAAUGAUGACAGAAUCUUCACUUUUGGGUGAACUAUUCCUUAAAUGAACUGUGGUCAGUUGAAAGCAAGAAAGUCAAAGUUGUGUCGAAAGUGGUUAAGGAGUUGGCUGUUCUGUGUGAAGAGAUAUUGAACGACCUUUACAGGAAAAUCCAUCAUCUUUGAUUCAGCAGAUCUGUUUUUCACAAACUCUUCAAGAUAAACAAAAAGGAUGUAGAAUAUUACAGGUAAGAAUUAUUGUACAAAUAUAACUGCAUGUAGAAAGAAUUGAACAUCCACCAUAUAAAAGUUUGCAAUGUCUGGCCACAUGAUUUGAGUUUUAUCACCGUUGUAGAUUAUUCAGUGGGGCAGUUUUUAGCCAUAAUGAGGAAUUGUACCAAUAAUGUUUGUGAUUGUAUUUCUGUUUGUUUAUUUGAAUUUUGUAACUUCAUUUAAUUAGCAAAAGCAGUUAAAGCUUAUUUAAAAUGUGUUUAAUUUCAACCAAAUCCCCACACAAUGUCCAGGUAGAACCCCAAAGCCUUAAACUCUGUUUAUUUAUUAUUUUUAACAUAUUGAUGUAUUAUAUGAAUGUCCAGGUAUUGUAUGUGUUAUUAAGACAUUAACAUUUGACUGUAGUGUUCAACUAUAGUUCUGUAUGUUGUAGGCCUACAUUAUGUGCAGUCAGAGGUGUCCAACUGAAUGUCAUGUCAGUCAUAUAUCAGCUUUGACACAUCAAAUAAAUUCAUAAACUCAGAUGAUAAUGUGGCCAAAUUAUCGACCACACUCUGAAGAAACACUUUAACCACUAUUACUGUAAAAUACUACUCUGACAGGGAGAGUAACCUAAUAUCCUGUCUACAAUGGACGCGAGUGUCGCAUCAAAAGCAUAUCGCUUCCAUUGUAAUCAGUGAUGCUGUCUACACUGGAAGUGUCCAUUCGUCGUGUUAAGCUAUUCAGACUUGAUGUCAAUUUGUAGGCAAACCUGAAGACUUAUUCGCCAUGAGUUCCCUCUGGAAUUUCCUAUGGGUUUUAUAAUGUUUUUUUUUUUUUUUAUGAUUAAAAUAAGGUGUGUGGUAAAAAAUACUUGAAAAUUCUUCUAAUUUUCUAGAACAUAAAUUACACACAGUCAUACCUCAAAUGUUAAUUUUGAAGUUGCCAUGUUUUCAAAAAAAUUUGUAUUGCUAACGAGUUGCUAGAUAAGGCCUACAAAUAUCACAAGCAUGUGAGUGAACAUGCUUGACGAAAGGGAAAACUGUAACAGUUCUUAUCUAGCAACUUAUUAGCAACAUACUUUUUUUUUUAAAACACAGCGGCUUCAAAAUUCACAUUUAGAGUAUAAAUGUUUGUUUUUUAUGUUGGUGAACAAAACAUCCAAGUAUCUUAAAGUAAUGUUUACCACAGACCUUAUUUUACUCAUAAAUUAAAAACUGCCAUUAUAAAAACCCAUAGGAAAAUUCUAAGGGGACCCAUGGCUAGAAAAUGUCUAAUAGGGAACCUAUCAUCAGUGCUGGGUAGUAAUGUAUUACAUGUAAUCUGGAUAACAAUCAGAUUACUAAAAUCAAGUACUUGUAAUUAGGUGAAAUUACAUUUUAAAAUACAAGUAAUCAGAUUAGUUAAUUUUUAUGGAUUACAUGAGUACAUAUUAAUCAGGCAACGGCAAAAGUUAAUUGAUUUAUUGAUCCCUCUAAUUCUUUUUCUUUUUCUUUUUAAAUACUUACAAUUUUUCAUUCUAAAGCAGCCUUCAUCUGAUAUACAUUUCAUAAGUAUUCAAAACAUUUUAAUGGAGGGUGUUAAGUGUUUAUUUGGAGUCCCACAGAAACCCUAAACCUAACCCUAAUCUGAACCCUACCACUAAAUGUAAUUCUGAACCGAACCUUAAUAACAGCGAAUGGGAAUCUUGCGAGACACCUUCUAGACACAACCCUCAAAAAUGUUAAUUCACUUUAGGGUUAUUUCUGAAGUGCUUCAAAGCUUCUCCAGCCACUUUACUAUCCCAUCUUGAAUAAAAUCGUUUUACUUACCAUACAUGUAAAUCAUUUUACCUUUAAUUUUAUUUGUUACAUAUUUAAAUAACUUAUGACUGUUGCAUCAAAACCAGCUUGUGAUGUUACUGGUCUCUUGUCUGCUAAUAGAAAAAUAUAUAUUUAGUUUCAAACCACAUGUAUAUGCAUGUUUUAACUGCUUUUAACUAAUGUGUUAUCUGCACGUCAUUUGUUUACUUCUUUGCAUCAAGUGUAGACUACCUCAAGCCGUUGUGACACGUCCAGUGUAGACAGGGUGUUAAAGACUGGUUUAACUCGAUUACAUGAGAUACAUAUUUACUUAGAAACUGCUCUUUCCCUCAAAUUUGUUUUAAACAUUUUAAAGUAGGCCUACUUAUUUAUUAGAAUAACUGUCAACUAGUAUUAUCACCAAAAGCCUUUGUGUCAUUCCACAGUACAGUACAACAGUAUCAUUUGCAGGUUAAUAUUUUUGUAUCUGGUUGAAAACACUUAUGGACAGAUCUAUCAAAAAUGCAUUUAUAUUACACACAACAACACAUCACAAUGCCACAGUUGACAUUAUUGUAAUUCACUCUUCUUGAUUGGUCUGGGACUUGGGCCAUUGAAUAAUGUUUCAGUAGUGUAUUAUGAUAAAAUUAUAGCAUGACAUGCCUGUGAAUACUGCAUUAGGACAAUCAUCACAUCAAUGAUGUCACAGCAACUUUGCCUUUGCCACGAUUUAGCUAAUGUUUAACCUCAUCAGUACCUGCUGUAUAAAGCUUCUGCUCUGCAUUGAUAACCUCUGUCAGAUCAUAAGUGUUUGGCUCAGUUUCAUGUCAGCACAUUUGAAUCAAGCAGCUUAAUGAUAUCAGAAUGUUAGUUUAAUUCUAUAUUUACAUCAAAUAGUCUGAAGCAGCUACUAAGUCUCAGUCAAACUGUGAUGUUUCCUGUGUAAACCAGUGAGGCAGAGACAGCCUCUAUCUCAGGAGUUCUCUGAAGAAUAUAGCCUCAUCUACUCUACUCCAUGCAUAGGCCUACAGCCCUGCAAUAGGAUUGUAUAGAAGUCUCUGUGUACAAUUUGCAUUCAAAAAUGGAAAUAUUCUUUUUCUUGAUUCAUAUGGGCUGUUUGUUUGUAACUGAAUGUUUAAUAAA